AUGUACCUACCUACUGGAAGGAAAGGGGAGUUUCGUUUCGCUUUACCUCGGAUCAUUUGUGGAGAGGACCACGCAGGCGGUACUCCGUCCGAGCAACACCCCUCAAACAACACUCGCAUGAAUGAAUUGAAUUCAGCGAUGAGGGUGGGGGGCAGACCACGUAGGAAACAACAGGGAGCUUUCUUGACCCACCCACGCAAACACAAGAUCGAGGCUCGCUUGCUCCUGCAAAGCCACGAGAACUCAACGGUCUGA